AUGGCAAAUAAAGUGGGGUAUUUCUCAGGUGUUUUCUUCAUAGAGGAGGAGGAGGAGGAGGAGCAGAGUGACGAAGAAGAGGAGGAGGAGGAGGAGCAGAGUGACGAAGAAGAGGAGGAGGAGGAGGAGCAGAGCGACGAAGAAGAGGAGGAGGAGGAGGAGCAGAGCGACGAAGAAGAGGAGGAGGAGGAGAAGCAGGGCGAGACCGAGAAGCAGGGCGAGACCGAGAAGCAGGGCGAGACCGAGAAGCAGGGCGAGACCGAGAAGCAGGGCGAGACCGAGAAGCAGGGCGAGACCGAGAAGCAGCGCCAGACCGAGAAGCAGCGCCAGACCGAGAAGCAGCGCCAGACCGAGAAGCAGCGCCAGACCGAGAAGCAGCGCCAGACCGAGAAGCAGCGCCAGACCGAGAAGCAGCGCCAGACCGAGAAGCAGCGCCAGACCGAGAAGCAGCGCCAGACCGAGAAGCAGCGCGAGACCGAGAAGCAGCGCGAGACCGAGAAGCAGCGCGAGACCGAGAAGCAGCGCGAGACCGAGAAGCAGCGCGAGACCGAGAAGCAGCGCGAGACCGAGAAGCAGCGCGAGACCGAGAAGCAGCGCGAGACCGAGAAGCAGCGCGAGACAGAGAAGCAGCGCGAGACAGAGAAGCAGCGCGAGACAGAGAAGCAGCGCGAGACAGAGAAGCAGCAGAAGCAGCGCGAGACAGAGAAGCAGCGCGAGACCGAGAAGCAGCGCGAGACAGAGAAGCAGCGCGAGACCGAGAAGCAGCGCGAGACCGAGAAGCAGCGCGAGACCGAGAAGCAGCGCGAGACCGAGAAGCAGCGCGAGACCGAGAAGCAGCGCGAGACCGAGAAGCAGCGCGAGACCGAGAAGCAGCGCGAGACCGAGAAGCAGCGCGAGACCGAGAAGCAGCGCGAGACCGAGAAGCAGCGCGAGACCGAGAAGCAGCGCGAGACCGAGAAGCAGCGCGAGACCGAGAAGCAGCGCGAGACCGAGAAGCAGCGCGAGACCGAGAAGCAGCGCGAGACCGAGAAGCAGCGCGAGACCGAGAAGCAGCGCGAGACCGAGAAGCAGCGCGAGACCGAGAAGCAGCGCGAGACCGAGAAGCAGCGCGAGACCGAGAAGCAGCGCGAGACCGAGAAGCAGCGCGAGACCGAGAAGCAGCGCGAGACCGAGAAGCAGCGCGAGACCGAGAAGCAGCGCGAGACCGAGAAGCAGCGCGAGACCGAGAAGCAGCGCGAGACCGAGAAGCAGCGCGAGACCGAGAAGCAGCGCGAGACCGAGAAGCAGCGCGAGACCGAGAAGCAGCGCGAGACCGAGAAGCAGCGCGAGACCGAGAAGCAGCGCGAGACCGAGAAGCAGCGCGAGACCGAGAAGCAGCGCGAGACCGAGAAGCAGCGCGAGACCGAGAAGCAGCGCGAGACCGAGAAGCAGCGCGAGACCGAGAAGCAGCGCGAGACCGAGAAGCAGCGCGAGACCGAGAAGCAGCGCGAGACCGAGAAGCAGCGCGAGACCGAGAAGCAGCGCGAGACCGAGAAGCAGCGCGAGACCGAGAAGCAGCGCGAGACCGAGAAGCAGCGCGAGACCGAGAAGCAGCGCGAGACCGAGAAGCAGCGCGAGACCGAGAAGCAGCGCGAGACCGAGAAGCAGCGCGAGACCGAGAAGCAGCGCGAGACCGAGAAGCAGCGCGAGACCGAGAAGCAGCGCGAGACCGAGAAGCAGCGCGAGACCGAGAAGCAGCGCGAGACCGAGAAGCAGCGCGAGACCGAGAAGCAGCGCGAGACCGAGAAGCAGCGCGAGACCGAGAAGCAGCGCGAGACCGAGAAGCAGCGCGAGACCGAGAAGCAGCGCGAGACCGAGAAGCAGCGCGAGACCGAGAAGCAGCGCGAGACCGAGAAGCAGCGCGAGACCGAGAAGCAGCGCGAGACCGAGAAGCAGCGCGAGACCGAGAAGCAGCGCGAGACCGAGAAGCAGCGCGAGACCGAGAAGCAGCGCGAGACCGAGAAGCAGCGCGAGACCGAGAAGCAGCGCGAGACCGAGAAGCAGCGCGAGACCGAGAAGCAGCGCGAGACCGAGAAGCAGCGCGAGACCGAGAAGCAGCGCGAGACCGAGAAGCAGCGCGAGACCGAGAAGCAGCGCGAGACCGAGAAGCAGCGCGAGACCGAGAAGCAGCGCGAGACCGAGAAGCAGCGCGAGACCGAGAAGCAGCGCGAGACCGAGAAGCAGCGCGAGACCGAGAAGCAGCGCGAGACCGAGAAGCAGCGCGAGACCGAGAAGCAGCGCGAGACCGAGAAGCAGCGCGAGACCGAGAAGCAGCGCGAGACCGAGAAGCAGCGCGAGACCGAGAAGCAGCGCGAGACCGAGAAGCAGCGCGAGACCGAGAAGCAGCGCGAGACCGAGAAGCAGCGCGAGACCGAGAAGCAGCGCGAGACCGAGAAGCAGCGCGAGACCGAGAAGCAGCGCGAGACCGAGAAGCAGCGCGAGACCGAGAAGCAGCGCGAGACCGAGAAGCAGCGCGAGACCGAGAAGCAGCGCGAGACCGAGAAGCAGCGCGAGACCGAGAAGCAGCGCGAGACCGAGAAGCAGCGCGAGACCGAGAAGCAGCGCGAGACCGAGAAGCAGCGCGAGACCGAGAAGCAGCGCGAGACCGAGAAGCAGCGCGAGACCGAGAAGCAGCGCGAGACCGAGAAGCAGCGCGAGACCGAGAAGCAGCGCGAGACCGAGAAGCAGCGCGAGACCGAGAAGCAGCGCGAGACCGAGAAGCAGCGCGAGACCGAGAAGCAGCGCGAGACCGAGAAGCAGCGCGAGACCGAGAAGCAGCGCGAGACCGAGAAGCAGCGCGAGACCGAGAAGCAGCGCGAGACCGAGAAGCAGCGCGAGACCGAGAAGCAGCGCGAGACCGAGAAGCAGCGCGAGACCGAGAAGCAGCGCGAGACCGAGAAGCAGCGCGAGACCGAGAAGCAGCGCGAGACCGAGAAGCAGCGCGAGACCGAGAAGCAGCGCGAGACCGAGAAGCAGCGCGAGACCGAGAAGCAGCGCGAGACCGAGAAGCAGCGCGAGACCGAGAAGCAGCGCGAGACCGAGAAGCAGCGCGAGACCGAGAAGCAGCGCGAGACCGAGAAGCAGCGCGAGACCGAGAAGCAGCGCGAGACCGAGAAGCAGCGCGAGACCGAGAAGCAGCGCGAGACCGAGAAGCAGCGCGAGACCGAGAAGCAGCGCGAGACCGAGAAGCAGCGCGAGACCGAGAAGCAGCGCGAGACCGAGAAGCAGCGCGAGACCGAGAAGCAGCGCGAGACCGAGAAGCAGCGCGAGACCGAGAAGCAGCGCGAGACCGAGAAGCAGCGCGAGACCGAGAAGCAGCGCGAGACCGAGAAGCAGCGCGAGACCGAGAAGCAGCGCGAGACCGAGAAGCAGCGCGAGACCGAGAAGCAGCGCGAGACCGAGAAGCAGCGCGAGACCGAGAAGCAGCGCGAGACCGAGAAGCAGCGCGAGACCGAGAAGCAGCGCGAGACCGAGAAGCAGCGCGAGACCGAGAAGCAGCGCGAGACCGAGAAGCAGCGCGAGACCGAGAAGCAGCGCGAGACCGAGAAGCAGCGCGAGACCGAGAAGCAGCGCGAGACCGAGAAGCAGCGCGAGACCGAGAAGCAGCGCGAGACCGAGAAGCAGCGCGAGACCGAGAAGCAGCGCGAGACCGAGAAGCAGCGCGAGACCGAGAAGCAGCGCGAGACCGAGAAGCAGCGCGAGACCGAGAAGCAGCGCGAGACCGAGAAGCAGCGCGAGACCGAGAAGCAGCGCGAGACCGAGAAGCAGCGCGAGACCGAGAAGCAGCGCGAGACCGAGAAGCAGCGCGAGACCGAGAAGCAGCGCGAGACCGAGAAGCAGCGCGAGACCGAGAAGCAGCGCGAGACCGAGAAGCAGCGCGAGACCGAGAAGCAGCGCGAGACCGAGAAGCAGCGCGAGACCGAGAAGCAGCGCGAGACCGAGAAGCAGCGCGAGACCGAGAAGCAGCGCGAGACCGAGAAGCAGCGCGAGACCGAGAAGCAGCGCGAGACCGAGAAGCAGCGCGAGACCGAGAAGCAGCGCGAGACCGAGAAGCAGCGCGAGACCGAGAAGCAGCGCGAGACCGAGAAGCAGCGCGAGACCGAGAAGCAGCGCGAGACCGAGAAGCAGCGCGAGACCGAGAAGCAGCGCGAGACCGAGAAGCAGCGCGAGACCGAGAAGCAGCGCGAGACCGAGAAGCAGCGCGAGACCGAGAAGCAGCGCGAGACCGAGAAGCAGCGCGAGACCGAGAAGCAGCGCGAGACCGAGAAGCAGCGCGAGACCGAGAAGCAGCGCGAGACCGAGAAGCAGCGCGAGACCGAGAAGCAGCGCGAGACCGAGAAGCAGCGCGAGACCGAGAAGCAGCGCGAGACCGAGAAGCAGCGCGAGACCGAGAAGCAGCGCGAGACCGAGAAGCAGCGCGAGACCGAGAAGCAGCGCGAGACCGAGAAGCAGCGCGAGACCGAGAAGCAGCGCGAGACCGAGAAGCAGCGCGAGACCGAGAAGCAGCGCGAGACCGAGAAGCAGCGCGAGACCGAGAAGCAGCGCGAGACCGAGAAGCAGCGCGAGACCGAGAAGCAGCGCGAGACCGAGAAGCAGCGCGAGACCGAGAAGCAGCGCGAGACCGAGAAGCAGCGCGAGACCGAGAAGCAGCGCGAGACCGAGAAGCAGCGCGAGACCGAGAAGCAGCGCGAGACCGAGAAGCAGCGCGAGACCGAGAAGCAGCGCGAGACCGAGAAGCAGCGCGAGACCGAGAAGCAGCGCGAGACCGAGAAGCAGCGCGAGACCGAGAAGCAGCGCGAGACCGAGAAGCAGCGCGAGACCGAGAAGCAGCGCGAGACCGAGAAGCAGCGCGAGACCGAGAAGCAGCGCGAGACCGAGAAGCAGCGCGAGACCGAGAAGCAGCGCGAGACCGAGAAGCAGCGCGAGACCGAGAAGCAGCGCGAGACCGAGAAGCAGCGCGAGACCGAGAAGCAGCGCGAGACCGAGAAGCAGCGCGAGACCGAGAAGCAGCGCGAGACCGAGAAGCAGCGCGAGACCGAGAAGCAGCGCGAGACCGAGAAGCAGCGCGAGACCGAGAAGCAGCGCGAGACCGAGAAGCAGCGCGAGACCGAGAAGCAGCGCGAGACCGAGAAGCAGCGCGAGACCGAGAAGCAGAGCGAGACCGAGAAGCAGAGCGAGACCGAGAAGCAGAGCGAGACCGAGAAGCAGAGCGAGACCGAGAAGCAGAGCGAGACCGAGAAGCAGAGCGAGACCGAGAAGCAGAGCGAGACCGAGAAGCAGAGCGAGACCGAGAAGCAGAGCGAGACCGAGAAGCAGAGCGAGACCGAGAAGCAGAGCGAGACCGAGAAGCAGAGCGAGACCGAGAAGCAGAGCGAGACCGAGAAGCAGAGCGAGACCGAGAAGCAGAGCGAGACCGAGAAGCAGAGCGAGACCGAGAAGCAGAGCGAGACCGAGAAGCAGAGCGAGACCGAGAAGCAGAGCGAGACCGAGAAGCAGAGCGAGACCGAGAAGCAGAGCGAGACCGAGAAGCAGAGCGAGACCGAGAAGCAGAGCGAGACCGAGAAGCAGAGCGAGACCGAGAAGCAGAGCGAGACCGAGAAGCAGAGCGAGACCGAGAAGCAGAGCGAGACCGAGAAGCAGAGCGAGACCGAGAAGCAGAGCGAGACGGAGAAGCAGAGCGAGACGGAGAAGCAGAAUGAGACGGAGAAGCAGAAUGAGACAGAGAUGGGUCUGUGCCUCCUGGAUGGCACUGCCAUAUUUCUUGCUGCUAUACAGGCAACUUUUCCACUGAGCACAUCAACAACAUUGGAAUCGAGGACAUCACCAGUCCAAUUUGCAGUGCUCACCUGA